AUUUUUUGCAGCAACUCGCGGGAACUUGUGUGGUGGAAUCUCUGUAUAAUGUGUACUGCUGUGAGCGUAGUACGCAUAUGAAGUGCAUACGAAGCUAUAGUUCGAUUCGCUCAAUUGCUUAUUUGGCUUGCCCUGAGCGCCCUGAGCGGACGGAGCAACGUAGAUCGGGAAUGUUACGGUAGUUACUUCUUGUGGCAUAGGCUGACUAGGCUGUAGAUGACAAUUUAGUACCAUGUCGGAUAAUACAGAAUUUACUUCGGAAAACGCACGAGCUGUGUUGUCUAGUGUCUUGGAGGCAAUCAGUCUUCCUGAAAAUGCUGCUAAGCUUGGAGAAGCUAAAGACAAUGCUGGCAAUGACAUGCUGAAGAUGAUGCAGUUUGUCUUCCCUAUUGUUAUGCAGAUAGAAAUGGAUGUUAUAAAAGACUAUGGCUUUGCAGAGGGACGUGAAGGGAUUGUGCACUUUGCUCAAGUAAUACGAAUGCUAGAGAGAGAGGAUCCAGAGGUGGCACAUCUCCACGCACAAGUUCGUGCGAAUUUUCUGCCUCCAGUGUCUAUCAGUACUGAACCCUCAUCAUGAACCAUGAAUCAGAACUAUGAACAUGAAGGUCUGAGUAUUGGUUGUUGUGUGAGAUGUGUCUAACAUACUGCAUCAGGUGACUGGUUGUCAUCAGCCAUUUCUCUGUAUCAGUUUCAUAAAAGCAGAUUUGCUGAUGACUGUCUUGACAUGGCUUUAGUAUUUUAAGGCAGCUGCAGGAUUACAUGCAUUUUGAGUUUCUGUAUUCAAAGAACCAGCCAUCAGAGAAUGGUAUACAGGAACUUUGCCUAUUUUUCAGUAUUCCUUGGUUGAUGUUAAUUCUGCCAGUUUGUUACUGAAGUGUUGAUGGCUAUCACAUUAUACACUGCUUGAUAUAUUUGACAGUAUGGUAACCUGUUACUUAUAUCUUUUACUUGCAUGAUAUUAUGACCUGGUUAGACAUUACUCGCAGAAAAAUGGUAUAACAUUGUAGACUUACUGUAGCUUAUUGAGUUGUUAGGCAUUAAAUUAAACUCUGAAUACAAAUUUGAAAUUCA